AUAAAACACUCAGUAGUUUAGUGCGCGUCCAAUCGACCAGUACAGAGAUUGGUGUUAAAGCAAUAAAAUGAACAAAUGGAUUUUAAUAAUACUAAGCUUAGCUUUUCUAAGCAAUGUUUGUGCAUAUAAAAUACUCGUGGCGUUUGCUUACCCGGGAAAAAGUCACUCAAUAUUAGGGGAAGGAUAUGUUAGGCAUUUGCUGGAAGCCGGUCAUGAGGUAACAUAUAUAACUGCACAUCCAUAUAAGAAGCCUCAUCCGAAUCUCCGUCAAAUCCUGAUAACAUCUGUCAUAGACAAAUUUGAAUUUGCACAAUCAUUAGAUGUCACGAAGAUGCUAGCAAAAGAGGUAGAUUUCAAAGAUAUGUUUGGGAUAUAUGAAGUUAUGGUGACCAUUGCAAAUAGAUCCCUUACUCAUGAGAAUGUACAGAAGUUCAUGAUGGAUCCUAAUGAGAAAUUCGAUUUAGUUAUCGCUGAAUGGUUAUACCAUCACUUGUAUGCUGGAUUUGCAACCAUCUUCAACUGUCCUUACAUCUGGUCAUCGUCAUUGGAACCUCAUCCAGUUGUCCUAGAUUUGAUUGAUGAGGUUGGCAACCCGGCUUACUUCCCCGAUCACAUGUCGCCGAUCUCUCCACCAUUUAGUUUUACGGAGCGAGUUAGUGAACUGUGGAACCUUAUCUAUCUAUACAGGGUCUUGUGGUUUGUAAGAGAUACAGAAGAACAGGCAUUCAGAGAUUCCUUUGGCGCAGCGGCUGCAAAAAGAGGAAUUGCUUUACCAAACUUGUAUGAUUUAAAAUACAACAGUUCUAUGAUGUUGGCUAACUCUCAUUUUUCGUUGGGUGAUCCUCAAAGGUUGCCAACAAAUUAUGUUGGUAUUGGAGGAUAUCAUAUCCAAGAUGAGAUUCCACCAUUGCCGAAGGACUUACAAAAGAUUAUGGACAGUGCAACUGAUGGAGUUAUCUACUUCAGCCUGGGUUCUAUGGUGAGAAGUGAAACUAUUCCUGUGGAACUAAAAACGGAAUUAUUGAAUGUCUUCUCAAAAUUGAAACAAACAAUCAUCUGGAAGUUUGAUGGUGAACUCGAAAAUGUGCCGAAAAAUGUCCACAUAUUAAAGUGGGUACCACAGCCAAGUAUUUUAGCACAUCCAAACGCGAAAAUCUUUGUCACCCACGGAGGUCUUCUUUCAACAACAGAAACUAUACACUAUGGAGUUCCUAUCAUUGGAAUACCGUUGUUUUCUGACCAGUUCCUAAACAUCAAGAGAGCAGUCCGUAAAGGUUUCGCUUUGGAAGUCCCAUUAGCAUAUGAUACACCAGCAAAAUUGGAAAUAGCUAUCAAAGAGAUUUUGUCCAACCCUAAAUACCGUGAAAAGGUUAAAGAACUAUCCUUUAUCUACCACCACCGGGAGACUAAACCUGGUAAAACCCUCGUCCACUGGGUCGAACAUGUAAUCCAAACCAAUGGUGCCCCUCAUCUCCAGUCACCAGCUCUGCAUGUUCCACUAUAUCAAAAACUCUACUUAGAUCUUCUAGCUUUAAUUAUACUUGGACUAAUGAUAGUGAAACGAGUUCUCAAGGCACUGUGUUGUUCAAAAAGUCAGAAUAAGAAGAAAGGUGAAGAUAAAAAGAAGAAAAGGAGUUGAUGGGAAACAGCAGCUUCUGAUAAAGUAGAUUAUCAUUCAGAUGAAAUUGUAGAAAGAGUAGUCAACUUGUGCUUUUUCGAAAUUUUGGAAGAUAUCGUACAUUUUAGAAUAAGAGAUUUAUAUUUUUUUACACAAAUGAAAUAAAAAUUGUAGUAAACACAA